AUGUUGGUUUUUGGUAUUUACUUCUGCGGGGUGCUGAUGCUCUGCUGGACCCAGCUCUGUGUGGCCCUGCAAGUCUCACAUGGAAGGCAGCUUAUCCCGGCCCACGACCCCACAGUGACAGUGAUGAGUGAGAGGUUGGGGGAUGAUGAUGAACUGACAAACGGCAGCUUGACUUUGUUUGGAAUCUGCACGGUAUCUGAUAAUUUAUCAGGAUCAGUCUUAUUAGAACUUGCUAAGAAAACAAGCAGAAACCAGAGAAAUGGACUGGAGGUUUUGCAUCCAGCUGGAGUGUUCUUGGUUGAGGAUGAAGAGACGGGAGCACUUGCACUAACCUUUGACCUCCCACAGUCCCCUUUGCUGGAGCUGAGCCCUGUGUUGCUCUUGGCAUUUGAAAGUCCCUUCACAGGAGGAAACCUGGACAAGAUCGCUUUCACUAGUCAGUCUCUACAGCCAAACACACAGGCUGUGUGCAUUUCAGGAGAAACACAGUACAUACUGCUGACAGGAAAAGCAUCAGAAGGCCACAUUCACCAGAGGUGGAGAAUUUCUGUCGAGACAAAAUCCCCCGAUAUGAAGGAAAGUUUAAAAGAGCUCCUUAUUAGUGGAAAAUCAAGAAGUAACAUCAGCCCAACUCCGUUUCUGCUUUUCUCUACAGAAAGAGGAACUGAAAGCAGAUAUACAAAUGUUCUACGCUCAUCCCAGACUUUCUCCUUCCUCUGUGAGCUGAAGAGGUUCCUGGGUGAUGUCCUUCCUCAGGAUCACCCAGAGUCCCCUGCACUAAAUCUGGACUCCUUACAGUCCCUGCCCCCCCUGAAACUGGGCUUAGCCUCCAGUGUGAACCUGCUGGAAGGAUUGAUCAACUCCUCUGCCUCCACCAUCUUCUAUUUCCAUAGCUCCAUAUCUCACAUGCACCAUGGACAGCUGGCCCUGCCUUUUGCCCUGUCAGAGGAGCUCAGGUGGAGGCUGGAGCAGAUUGUGGUGCAGAUAAUGGAGGUAAUAAGGGAGGAGGACAGGGGUCUAAGGGUCAUGAAGAGGCUGGAGAGGCUCAAAGAACUCAGCGCAUUUCCGAAGCUUGAAGUGGCAGCAGGAGAAAGCCAGUAUCGUGCAUUUCUUCUGCUGAAGGUCCUGCAGACGGUAGGUCAUACGUACGAGAUACGAAGAAGGCUCCGAGCCAACAGAGCGGAUCCCGACAGCCCAGAGAUGGGCAGCAACUGUGGACUGAUCGACCUCCCUGUGCAUCUUGAAAAGUAUCUUUAUGCCCCAACGACUGCCAACAUCAACAACUGCCAUGGCCCUUGUAAAUUCCCCUUCUAUAAUACCAACAACCAUGCCAUCCUGCUUCAGUCCCACAUUGAUAGCACAACGAAUUCUCAGGAGCGCCGUCCGUGCUGUGUCCCUGUAGCCUACGAUCCUCUGUGUGUGAUAAGCGUGCACGGAUCCGACACUCUCAUCUCUCUUAAACAAGAUAUAGUUGCAAAGGAGUGCCAAUGUCGCUAA